UCGACAUUCGGGUUAUCAUUAAUUUCGUUGAUAUAAUAAGCAGUAGACAUUUACUACAAAACUAAAAUGACUACACAAUAUGUAAUCUAGAAGAAGUCACAACAAAGAAAUAUUUCUUUAGAGGUUGAAAAAUGUUUUUGGAAGUAUUCUCAUGUUUCGCUGGUAAAUAUAAAAAUUAUACGAGUUCUAGCGACGGCUAUAUGUCAUAACUGUGAGAGUUUCGAAGAAGAUUUUAGAUUACCACAAACCAACCAACAGGAAUUACAAUGGACAGGUCGCUAUAACCUAACAAGAAUAACGAGUUGUAGUGCGAUCAAACAUAGAGAAGGCAAAACAUACUUAGAAAUAACAAAUUUUCUUCACGGAUAUAUAAUCAACAUGAAGAACAUGCAUCCGCGCGGACAAUGUCGCCAAGAAUGUAAAGACUUCACUCACGUUAAAACCGAAAAGUGCUUUCAAAAUAAAUGGUGCAAAGAACAACCACCCUGUUCAAAAAUCAUUAAAUGUGAGUUAAAGUCAACUGCAAUGAAUGUUUGUCGUUCGAAUAUGCGUCGUACCAACCGAAGGUACGAAUAUAUCGAUGAACCCGGGAUAGAACGAAACUGUACAGACACUUCUGUGUAUUUAGAAACACAAUCAAGAGGUCUUUUUGAUAUAUGCGACUACUGUUACUGCAUAUGUGAGGAAGAUAUGCCAUCAGCAGACAGAUAUAUUAGUUUACGUACUGCUGUGGCUGAUGUGAGCGACAAUAGGAUUGUCACUGGCAUUCGCUUUAUUAAAAAUAAUGGAAUAAUACAUUUUCAAGUUCAAGAUGGUAAACUUAUGCCAUACGGAAAAAUAAACGGAAGUACUGUCAGAUGGGUGCCAGUUCGUGAAUUCACAGUAACAGAUGAAAAUGUUGCCGAAAACGUGGACUACCAUAAAUUAACUUGGCAGCACAGAAGGGUUCAAUUAAACGAUAUUUUUGCAGACGAGGGAUUCGUAAUUACAGGUGUCAGAUUUAAACAAAUAGGACAUCAUUUACGCCUGAAUCUAGAAAUACUCACAGCUCCUGUCAAUUAUGCAAUUGGAAAACUUAUAAAUCCUAAAAAUACAAGUACUUACAAAGGAAUUCCUAACAUAGGACUCGUGAAUAAGUUUGGCAAAGAGCUUAGAUUAAGUCAACCUGAUGUACCAAGUCGUGACAGGAAAGCAAGCAUUGUUUCUUCGACAAAUAAAUACGUACAAUUUACGACUACAGAUUAUUAUAAAGAUGCAGGGCAAACCACUGUUCCGUUUUUUGAUGCCAAAGCUGCGGAAUCAAGAGGUUCGCCUUUGGUUGGAAUCGGAAUUUUUCACAGAGGAGGUGAAGAGUCUGGUGGAUUCAUAGUCCCACAAAUAUACGCCUUGAAUUUACCAAAAACGUCUAAAUUUGGCCGUGGUGUAAAAGAACUAACAUCUAUUUUAUGUACCGAUCUUGCAUUUAAUAGAUCGUUUUUUUGUGGCAGCGAAAUUCUAAAACCCCAAGAAUUCUUACCAUUACUAUGAUAUACGAAAGAAAAGGAUCCACGAAACAAAAAAUUUUACAGAAACAAGUUUAAAAAAUUAAAUUUUAAUAUUUAUAACAUUAAUAUAACAGUCACGAAUCGAAACUAUGAAAAUUGUAUGGGUUGUGGGGGUGGCACCUCUUAAUAAAAUCUACAUAAUAUUUGUCUUAAAAUAAUAACUUGGUAACGUUAUAACAAGAAAACAAAACAAAAAAAGUCAAAAUCAAUUGGUAAUAACACUAAUAACGUAAGUAAACCAAAUUUUGUGUUUCUGGAUGUUGUAUAAUUUUGACAAUCAAUAGCUGUUAACUACGACAUUUUACAUGAUACAGGAAGUAUUGUGAUGUGGUUCAUUUGAUAAAUAAUAAUUAUAUGUUUUCUCGACGUUUCACUUCUGGUAGAAGAACACAAAAAUGUCAAUUUCCCGCUUCCGUCUGCUUGCUAUUUGUCGGUGUCUGUCUGUCUAGGGUUUCAUUAAACAAAUAAUUUCCGAAACUAUUGGACUGAUUAGACUAAAUAAAAUUCAUUUGUUCGUC